AUGUGGCCAUUCAGCAGAAAAGGGGUUUCUGGAUUUUCUAGUUCAUCAACUGCGGAAGAAGUUACUCAUGGAAUCGAUGCAACUGGCCUCACUGCUAUUGUUACUGGAGCAUCCAGUGGUAUUGGUGUUGAGACUACGCGUGUUCUUGCUUUACAUGGUGUUCAUGUGAUUAUGGCCGUUAGAAAUACGGCUGCUGCUAGAGAUGUUAGAGAAGCAAUACUUAAGGAGAUUCCCUCGGCGAAAAUUGAUGUCAUGGAGUUGGAUCUUAGUUCAAUGGUAUCUGUUAAGAAAUUUGCAUCAGAGUUUAUUUCCUCUGGUCUACCAUUGAACAUCUUGAUAAACAAUGCGGGUAUUAUGGCGUGCCCUUUCAUGCUGUCCAAGGACAAGAUUGAACAACAAUUUGCCACAAACCACUUAGGUCAUUUUCUCUUGACACAUCUUUUGUUGGACACUAUGAAGAAAACAGCACAUGAAAGUAACAAAGAAGGAAGAAUUGUUAAUGUCUCCUCAGAGGCUCACAGAUUUGCGUAUUCUGAAGGAAUUCGUUUUGACAAAAUCAAUGAUCAAUCAAGUUACAGCAACUGGCGUGCAUAUGGACAGUCAAAGCUUGCUAACAUUUUACAUGCCAACGAACUUGCAAAACGUCUCAAAGAUGAUGGGGUGAAUAUUAUUGCAAAUUCUCUUCAUCCAGGAGCCAUUGUGACCAAUCUUUAUCGUCAUACCAGUGUAAUCAACGGUAUAGUAAAUAUGGUUGGCAGAUUUGCGAUGAAAAAUGCUCAGCAGGGAGCAGCUACAACAUGCUACGUAGCAUUGCACCCUCAAGUGAAGGGAGUUAGUGGUGAAUAUUUUUCAGACAGUAAUUUGGGCAAAGCAACCUCACAAGGGAGGGAUGCUGAUUUGGCUAAGAAACUCUGGGAUUUUAGCAUUAAUUUGAUUGAGGAGAAAUAG